UCUCUAUCCCCCGAAAGACGGAGGGAGGAAUGUGUUAUCGUCACAUGGUUAUGAGCUUUCGAGUCUCUGAGCUCCAGGUGCUCCUGGGUUUUGCCGGCCGGAACAAGAGCGGACGCAAGCAUGAGCUCCUCACCAAAGCCCUGCAGCUGCUGAAGUCCGGCUGCAGCCCGGCCGUCCAGAUGAAGAUCAAGGAGCUCUACCGGCGCCGCUUCCCCCGCAAGAUCCUCACCCCUUCGGACUUAUCCAUGCUCCACUUGCAGGCAGGGGGGCAGUUGCCGUCGGCCACGGCGCUCACCCAAGGCGCCAUGUGCCACCUGCCUUACGACGGCGGCUCGGUGGGCUCAGCUGUGCCGACCGGCAUGCUACCCCCGGUGCCCAUGUUGGGACCCAAACACGAGACGGACGUCCCGCACUUGUCUCCGCCGAUCCACCCGGUCCAUCCAGACGUGAAGAUGAGGCGCUUGCCCUUUUACGACGUCUACGACGAGCUCAUCAAACCCACCACUUUGGCUUCGGUGAACAGCCAAAGGUUCGAAGAGGCUCACUUCACCUUCGCCCUGACCCCUCAACAAGUACAGCAGAUCCUCACUUCUCGCGAUAUCUUACCUGGUGCCAAAUGUGAUUACACUGUGCAGGUACAGUUGAGGUUUUGUUUGUGUGAAACCAGCUGCCCUCAAGAGGACUACUUUCCUCCCAAUUUGUUCGUCAAAAUUAAUGGGAAACUCUGUCCUCUUCCGGGUUAUCUUCCCCCCACCAAAAACGGUGCAGAGCCAAAACGACCCAGCCGGCCCAUCAACAUCACCCCUCUGGUGCGGCUUUCGGCAACGGUCCCCAAUACGAUUGUGGUGAACUGGUCCUCCGAGUUCGGCAGGAACUACUCCCUGUCUGUUUACUUGGUGAAACAGCUGACGUCGGUGACGUUGCUCCAGAAGCUGAGGGCCAAAGGCAUUCGAAACCCAGACCAUUCGCGCGCCCUGAUCAAAGAAAAACUGACCGCUGACCCAGACAGCGAGAUCGCCACGACCAGUUUACGGGUUUCUCUCAUGUGUCCGUUGGGCAAGAUGAGGUUGAUCGUCCCUUGCCGCGCUUUCACUUGCACCCACCUCCAGUGCUUCGAUGCAGCGCUUUACCUGCAGAUGAACGAGAAGAAGCCAACGUGGACCUGUCCGGUCUGUGACAAGAAGGCUCCCUACGAGGCCCUCAUCAUUGAUGGGUUGUUUAUGGAAAUCCUCAACUCCGUCACAGACUGUGAUGAGAUCCAGUUCAUGGAGGAUGGCUCUUGGUGCCCCAUGAAACCCAAGAAGGAGAACCAGGAGGUUUGCCAGCCAUCUGCCUACAACGGGCUGGAAGCUUCCCUGUAUACGGUGGGUUCAGAUGGGAAGCCGUUGGGUGAGAGCAAGAAGAAAGUGGAGGUUAUCGACCUGACACUGGACAGCUCUUCGGAUGAGGAAGAGCCCCCUGCCAAGAAGCAUUGCCCCGUCACCACCGCAGCCAUCCCAUCGGCUACAGGACCCAAGGGGGCCCUUAGUGCUGACCACCAGCCUUCCUCGGUGCUCCGGAGUCCCCCGAUGGCAGCUGUGGGCAGCGACUACCUCUCCAGCCUCCCGAUCCCCGACUACCAUCCUUCCUACCAGGUUCCCUCAGACAUUCAAGGUCUGGAUUUGUUUCCUUUCCUUCAAAGUGAAAACCAGCCACAUUACAGCCCUUCUGUGAUCACUUCUCUGGACGACCAGGACAGCCUGAGCCACUUCUUCCAGUACCGUGGCACCUCCCCGCACUUCAUGAACCCCCUGGCGCCCGUGGUGGUGGGCUCCCACAGCACCGUCGGCUCCCCGACCAGCGGCCGCAUCAGCAACGUGGUCUCCUCCUCCCCGACAACGACGACGCUGCGGGAGGGCCAUGGCCACAGUGGUGCUGUCGGGGGCAGCCCCGUCUUGCCUGGUUGCCGGCCGGAUAUCAUCUCUCUAGACUAAACCUGCGGGGCUGCUGAUGCAAGACUCUUGGAGCAUUCGGAGAGGGGCGAGGGGACAUAUCCGACCCUUGCAAGUUGAGAACAUCUCCCCCUCAAAAAAAGAGCAAAUUUCAGCUUUUUAUUUACCAGCAAGUUCAUGCGUUGGCAGCUUGGAAGGAGGCGAAUCGAGCAAAAACCUUUGGUCCACAUCCGGAGUUCUGUGAUUCAGUGCACAUUGGCCAAAGUUUUGUCUUGGUAUUCAGUGGCAGGGAGAUGCUUGUAAGCCUGGAGCAGCGUCAAGUGGAAUUAAAAGCAAACAAACCCCAAAUUUUGGUGUCGGAGGUUGAGUAUCAUCCCUCUGGUUUCGCGACAGAAAGAGCCACUUCUGUGCUCAUCUGUAUAAUUCAUCCAAGAUCAUGAAUCCUCUUUUGUUUCCCUUGGCUAUCAAGAUCAUGAGUAAGAUUCAACAGGAUUACAACGUGACCUUUUAGCACGGAGUGGAGUCAGCACCUUGAUACAUCUAUAUAUAUGUAUGUAUAUAUAUUUAAUCCACUUGUCUUCACCCCAUGGCAUUUACGAGACAGCAUGGCCCCAAGCAGAAGGUUAUCUUGGACCAGUUCGGUCCAGUGUAAGACAACUGUUUGUUUUUAGGUUUCACCAAACCCUAUGAUGGGGAGAGAAUCGUGUCCGACGAAGAUCUGAGUGGAAAGGUGCGUACAAAUCUGCCAACCAGAGUUUCCAACUCUGCAAAAUAUUGACUGGAUCUAUUUUAUUAUCUUGGUGUGAUGACACCCGCGUUGUUUGGAGGGGCAGCCGGUUGUGUGGGAGACUGUGAUCCAUGGCUGUUGGAAAGCAAGGAGCCAUCGCAGGGACCCUUUUCUCCUUUAGCCCUUACAUGUCCCAUUGUGCUUUAAUGUUGAAGGCACCUAGACAAUAACAGUGGCUCACAUGUGCAUCGCAAGGACCCUAUAACGGCUUUGCAAAGCAUGGCCAUGACAGGACAUGGACGAUUGCCCUGUUUUGUAUCGGCUCAUGAGAAAAACUAAACUGUGGCUGAGAGCAACAAGCCCAAAGAGAGGGAUGCUGGCUUUAGAGGAAAAGAGAAACAGAAGCCAGAUGUGGAAAUAUAAAACUUGGACCAGUGGAAUAACGUAGUGAGAGGAGCGGUGGGUGCAUUCCCUCCAUCCACUAAGAAGCAGGCUCUUGGGGAAGAAAUUUUUUGCCCUUUUUAUGGGGUUUGGGGAGAAACGGAGACCUUGCCUCUUUCUUCCCAUCAUCUUCUCUUUCUCCUGCUUCCACAGUGAGCAGCUCCAGGCCCUGGGUUUGAAGGAUCUCCUCUGCGAAGGCCAGGUUAGACGCAGUAUUUUUGCCUUUACGAAUGGUUUUUAAGCAAGUCCUCCACUAACUUCUCUGGUACUUGAGCGCUAGAAAAGAAAGCCCUGAUGUGGAGAAAAGAUUUGAGGGAGGAGGAGAGCCACCUUCAGACAUGCGAUGAAGAUGGAGCCAAAGCCAGGGUCAAAGGGAAGAAAACACUUGGGCUGCCAGAACGUAUUGGGAGCUUGCAAGGACUCCAGGGUUGCCUCCAUCGCAGGUUGCUGGGUCCGUUCAUUUGAGUAUUACCGGAAGAGUGUAAAAUUCAUGCGUUCACAGUGUGCAGACCGUGACACGUGAGCCGUUAUCUCCAUGAAACCUGCUCUUCCAUGGAGGGCACUCCCUUGAUAGACCCUCCCUGGGAUGUUUAUGGCACCCAGCACCAGUAUUUUCUCUCUCUCUGAGUUGUGCCGCCUUCCCUUGUGGUUUAGUACUAAUGCAACCAAGGCAGGAAACCUUCUCCAUAUCACCCUCCGAACCCCAUGAUCUGCGUCUGGAGUGGGUUUUUCUCCUGUGGUUGCAUUCGGUGACUCUGCCCAGUCUUUCCCAACAAUGUGCUUUUUUAAAAGGAAGAAAUGUGUAGGUGUAGGAUUUCCACCACCUUGCUUUCCUCUUAAAGUAUUUCCUAUCUUGUACAGAGAAUGAAAGAUAUAUAUAAAUAUAUAUAUAUUAUAUUAUAUUAUAUGAUAAUAAUCUAUAUUUUCAGUUUUUGUACAUAAGCAACUCCAAAGAUCUUUCUGGUUUUUGCGUUGUUGUUGUUGUUGUUGUUUUUCCUUUCUGCUUCGAGGACUAAAUGAAGGUUGCGCUUCCUCCCCGGACGUUUGUCGAAGUGGAUUUGGGCGGAGAGGACGGACGGGGGGAGCGCAUCGCCCAUUGCACAACUUAUUUAUGUAUUUAAGUGUAUACUUUUUGUGUGCGCGCGUGUUUUUGGUUUGUAGCGGCUGCCUCUUCAGCUUUUGUUGUCGUUGUUGUAACCUGUGUCCCGUCGCAUGUUUGCCAAGCUGCGGGGUGGAUUUUUUGGGCAGCCCAAGUUGAGCACUUUUGCACCCCAUUGAUAUGGGAAAAAAGGGAGGGAGAAGCCAAACCUGGCAAAGUAUCUCCCGGUAUCAAGCGGGGAAUUAAAUCUCUUCUCUGCCGUAAAAGGUUCCCCGGGGUUUUUAACGUGGACUUCAAGGGUUUAACUUUAACCUCGGCUUUAAUUUUAAAGGUAAAGUUUAACUUGGAAGGUUUUGAAUUCAGGCCACAGUGGAAGGAGCCAGACCCAGAGCAAGAAGUCAUGGUGAGAUGCAUUUUGACACGGGGCUGUUAACACUGUUUCCCCCCGGAUUUUACACCUUGUUUUAAUGUAGAUUUAUUAUGAUCAACUGAUCAAACAUCUUACUUUAAUGAGAACGUUUACUGGGUGAACGGUGGUGCCAGUUUUCCUCCAUUCCUUGUUUCUUUUCAGCACCGCAAAUGGAUUUCUGCCAGCAAUCUCCAGUGUGCAAAGCAUCAAAUUGGAACGGUGAAAUCUGGGCCAUUUAAUGGUGGCAGAUGAAUCCAAAUGUUCAGUUUAACUGGCCAGGAGUUAAAUUCAAUGAGACUUCAAUGCCCAGCAUUCCCAGCCAGCAUGACAAGUGCUCAAGAAGACGGGGGUUUGUAGGGUAUUGGAGGAAGGAGCAGUUACUUCCACCCUCCGCUUCUAAAAGUGCAUGCCUUUGCCCUCUUUUCCAUAGCCAAAAUGUUCCAAGUGCUUUGGAAAUGCGGGAAAUGGACAGUGUGUAAGAUGUGUGUCCAGUUGUGUUUUGUGCUUUGCUUUCAGAGAGGAGAAAACGGCUUUGCAAAGUCAUUCCUUGGAAAUGGGGCUUUCCUGGUUUGGGGUGGGUUCUCCCUCUCAUUUCCUUAGAGGUUUUUUCCCCAUCCGUUGUCAUGCAUUGUCCUUUUUUCCUCCUUGAUUUUAUUUUUCCUUAUCCAUUUCAUGCAUUGUCUGUUUUUACUCUCCGUUUCAUCCCUCCUUCCUCAUUCAGGAAGGAGGGAUCCAAAACAAGUGGCCUGGCGAAGAAAUUGCAAGCGACAGAUACCCUUCAAACUAUGUUUCCCAUACCCAGCUUUGUUUUGUGGUGAGCAGUGAAUUCUGCCUUUUGCUUUUGAAUUCUCUGGGCUGCAGCUUGGGAAGCCAUUUUAAACAGACCCCCUCAUUCCACAAUACAAGACUGUGUUUUAAAACUCAUUCUCUGUGCCCCUUCCCCAGAACCGAAAGCAAAGGCCCGACUCAGCCGAGCGCCCUUCCUUUGCCUUUAUUUAUUCCGUCUGUCCGGCGCUUUGUCCGUCCGCUCGGACCUUGUGUAUAUGCAAAGUACGUUUUUAGAGAAAAUAAAAUUCGAAACAAAAAGUU